AUGGCCGAGAACAACCAUGACGCCGCAGAGGAAGGAGACGGGCAGCUCCUGUCCACGCUCCCGAAGAAGGAAGGAAUGUGGAAGCCAUUCUUCCUCUACCGAGGCUGCUGGCUCACACCCCGGGCCGUGACGAGCAUCACGCUCCUGCAGUCCGAGUUUGCGCCGCGCCCCGACGACGUCGUCCUCGCCACCUUCCCGAACUGGCACUACAUGAACAAGGUGAGCGCCGACUUCUCCCUCGACAUGGACGCCACCUUCGAGCUCUUCUGCGAGGGGUUCUCUCUGUACGGUCCUCUCUGGGACCACGUCCGCGGGUACUGGGAGCAGAGCGUGGCGGAGCCCGACAGGGUCCUCUUCCUCAAGUACGACGACAUGAUGGCCGACGCAGGCAAGCACGUCAAGAUGCUCGCCGAGUUCCUCCGCGUCCCGUUCACCGUGGAGGAGGUUAGCGGCGGAGCCGUGGAGGAGGUCGUGGCCCUGUGUAGCUUCGAGAAUUUGAAGAGCCUGCCGGUCAACUCUUCAGGAGUGUCCGAUCGGAUUGGUGGGUUGCCCAUGGAGAAUUCGUCCUACUUCCGGGCUGGGAAGGUGGGGGACUGGAAGAUAACUCUGACUGAGGAGAUGGCAAAGAAGCUGGACGACAUCGUUCAAGAGAAGCUCAGAGGUUCUGGUCUCGCCUUCUGA